AUGCAUAUCCAGGCUGACAGUCUGGCGGAAGGUUCGAUCUACCCAGCAGGCAAUUUGAUUCACGGCUGCGGCCAUGAGUUGCAUAGUCACAUUACGAAAGCUAUCAGUGACAUCACUGGGUUUUGGGAUGCAAGCAAAGACCCGUUCAAGUUUCUCAUGCGCGAAGUAAUCGAUGAUGUGUGGAAGCAAUCGUUUUCCGUGAUUAGACCUCAUACGGGCAAGUUCAAGACUCAGAUUAUAAGAGCCUACAUUGGACAAACCUACGAAGCCAAGCUCAAGAGGAAGGAGGUUGUUUGCGAGAGAAUUCCAUGCCUGCCUGAAAAGGAGAUAGGGCUAAACAGUGGAGAGGAUUAUUGUGUAUUGCGUAUCAGCGGAGUGGGUGCAGUAGAUGUAAUGGGCUUGGUGGAUGUGGUGGAUCGCCAGUGGAUCUGGGAUGAAGCUUUAGAGUUUGGGACGCGGAAGGAUCGCACGGGCCGCAGCGGUGUCAAGAGAAGCUGCAGUGACUGGUGGGUCUGUUGGGGACUGGAGCUCUACUAUUCCAUGGGUCAUGAGGCUGGUGGUACAACCGUACAAGGCGAGAUGCAUGCAUACGUGUCUGCAUGCAGGUCACCUAACCAAGGAUCCAACCAUGUUGCAGAGACAUGUCGCACAUAUUGCUGUAUUGGAGAGGUUUAG